GCAUUACACCUCAGUGUUUGAUAGAAGAGAAAACGAUGUCUUGUAAAAUUUGACAGCAAACAAGAGAAUGAAGAACAGGGCGUUGAUAGUGUCUGUGGAGAGCUUCUAUCCAGGUGCAGGUCUGAACAACAGGAACGGUGUGAAGAAAGACACUCAAAGACUUCACAAAACCCUCAGCAAGCUCGGCUUCUCUGUGGACAUCAAAAUAGACAUUGAUGCAGAUGAUAUCUAUGAAGAAUUUAAAGAAGCGAGCAAGAAGACGGUCAAAGACUGUUUUGUGGGCGUCAUAUCCAGUCACGGUGAGGAGGGUGUUGUGUUCGGUGCUGACGGACGUGCUGUGAAACUGGCUGAGAUCUACAGCUACUUUGGAGGUCCGUCAAUGGCAGACAAGAGCAAGCUUUUCUUGAUUCAGGCUUGUCGAGGGCAUGGGUUGGAUGAAGGUGUGGCGGCCGACUCUUCAUUCUCAGAGGAAGAGGACGUGUCUGAGCUGUUUUCCAUCCCUAUUGACACAGCAGUCAUGUACGCCACAUCUCCAGGUUACGGUGCAUUCAUGCAUCCUCUGGGCUCAGAGUUGAUUCAAAUCUUUUGUAAGUUGCUAGAAGAGGAAGGAGGUCCAGAUCUGGAGAUCACAAGACUCCUGACUCGGAUAAACUUCCAGGUGGCCUACAACUUUGAAUCCAGAGGGAAAGUGUUGGGCGGCAAGAAACAGAUGCCCUGCUUUGUGACCCGGUUAACCAGAGAGGUUUUCCCGUUCAGAAAGAUGGCAGCAGCAUAAGAUUUGAGCUUGAGCUUUGCAGCCAC